AUGUCUUACAACGAUAACCAAUACGGCGGCUCCGGCGGCGCUAGCAAUAGCUACUACAACACCGACAACAACAACUCCUACGGAGGUGGCGGUGGUUACGGUAACUCUAACCAGGGCCGCAACGAGGGCCGUAACGAAGGCUACGGUAACCAGAACCAAGGCCAGAACUACGGCAACAACAACUCUGGUUAUGGCAACUCCAACGAAGGCCAGAACUACGGCCGUCAGGAGUCCCAGGGUUACGGAAACAACAACAACAACAACUCUAGCUACGGAAACCAAAACCAAAACCAGAGCUACGGUCGUCAAGAGUCCCAGGGUUACGGAAUCAACAACAACUCUGGCUACAACUCCAACGAAGGCCACAACCAGAACCACGGCCAGAACUACGGAAACAACAACAACAACAGCUCCGGCUACGGAAACAACAACUCUGGCCGCCAAGAAUCCCACAACAGCGGAUACAACAACGAAUUCAGUAGCGCUGCCACCCACGCCCAGGAACACGACAGCAAAGAAGACAAGUCCCUCUUUGACACUGCGUUGAACUUCCUCCAGAACCGCAAGGAUUCCAACGAUGACGUCGAUGAGAAGCAUGCUGCCAAUGCGCACCAGGCUAUGUAUGGAUCUGGUGGUGAUAACAAGACUCACGAUUCCAACACUGUUGGUGCUGGUGCUGCGAUGCAGGCUUUGAAGAUGUUUACUGGUGGUGGGAACAGUGGGAACGAGGGUGGUGAUAAGAAUAAGCUUAUUGGGCUUGCUAUGGCUCAGGCUGGGAAGUUGUGGGAUGAGAAGAAUGGGUCUGGGGGUAAUGUGUCUGGUGAUAAGCAGUCUGCUGUUAACGCUGCUGCGGAGAUGGCGCUUAAGAUGUAUAUGAAGAAUCAGGUUAGUGGUGGUGGUAGCAGUGGUGCUGGUGGACUUAUGAGUCUUGCUAGCAAGUUCUUGUAA